CCCUUUCCUUCCUCUGCUUCCCAGGGCACCCUCCCGCCCCCUUUCUGCCCCCCAGCGCCACCGCCCCGAGGCCUAACAGCAUCUCUGCACCUUCUGAGGCCGCGGCCCCCAGCCCCCAGAAGUUGCACUCGUCGGCCUCCACCCUCCUCUCCCCAGCUUUUCCAGGCUCCCAGACUCAUUCUGACCCUGAGCUCGGCCCUGUCCCAAGCCCUGCUGCCCUCCAGCCACCACUGCCAUCGCCAGCCCCUUCCUGUAUCAAGCGGAGCCCAGACAGCCCAGCGUCGCUCCUGCAGGGGGCCCACUCCUCUUCGUUCUGCUGGCCCCUCCAUGAGAUUUGCCAGGGCACCCACGACUUCUCAGAGGAGCUGAAGAUCGGGGAGGGCGGCUUUGGGUGUGUGUACCGGGCUGUGAUGAGGAACACGGUAUAUGCUGUGAAGAGGCUAAAGGAGGAGGCAGACGUGGAGUGGACCACGGUGCAGCAGAGCUUUGGGACCGAAGUGGAGCAGCUGUCACGGUUUCGUCACCCAAACAUCGUGGACUUUGCUGGCUACUGUGCUCAGAGUGGCUUCUACUGCCUUGUCUAUGGCUUCCUGCCCAACGGCUCCCUGGAAGACCGCCUCCACGUCCAGACCCAGGCCUGGCCCCCUCUCUCCUGGCCUCAGCGACUGGGCAUCCUUCUGGGUACGGCCCGGGCCAUUCAGUUUUUACAUCAAGACAGCCCCAGCCUCGUCCACGGAGACGUCAAGAGUUCCAACGUCCUUCUGGAUGAGAGACUGAUGCCCAAACUGGGAGACUUUGGCCUGGCCCGUCUCAGCCGGUUUGCAGGCGCCAACCCCAGCCGGAGCAGCGCCGUGGCCCGGACUCGGACUGUGUGCGGCACCCUGGCGUACCUGCCCGAGGAGUACGUCAAGACGGGGAGGCUGGCCGUGGAGACCGACACCUUCAGUUUCGGCGUGGUGGUGCUGGAGACCCUGGCCGGCCAGAGGGCUGUGAGGAUGCACGGUGCCCAGACUAAGUAUCUGGUGAGCCUCCUGAGGCGGGGCAGGGAGAGA